AAUCGAAGAGAGAAUGAACGAAAACUCAUUGCUUUAGAUUCAUUACAAUGUUUCUUCCAUUGAAAAUAAAAGACUACAUCACUAUUUAUAGAGAACUAAACGAAAUAAAAUAUUUAAACUAAAUAUUUUGUAAUUGAUGUAGAGCGUGGACUUAGAAGAAAAAUAAAUAUGCUUGAAUAUUUCUAGACUUAAAAAGAAAGUAAAUUUUCUAUCAUUAUGUAAAUCAUAAAGUAGAAGAAAAGUAAAUUUAACGCCUCUCUAUUUAAUUUGUCUCACAGCACUCUUUGCAUAUCUCUUUCUUCUGAUUUAGUUGAAAGGGGUUCAUUCUGUUGUCAUUCUUGGUUUGGUGAAACUGCUUUUUUUCUUUGUAGUGUCAAAAGGGAGUCUGCAUUGCAGAAGAUCGGAUUAGUCAGUUACCUGAUGAAAUUCUGGUAUAUAUACUGUCUUUCCUUACUGUUAAGGAAGCAGCAGACACAAGCGUCCUCUGAAGGCGCUGGUUAAGCUUGUGGACACAUAUUCAUCGGCUUGAUUUUGAUGCUACCAAACCUUUGUAUGAAGUAGCCUUGCAAACCAAGCUACGGAAAAGGCAUAUGAAGAAGUAUCUGAGAUGGGUCAACUCUACUUUGCAAAUGUGUAAAGGGCAAAGACUUGAAAAAUUUCGGGUUUGUUUUGAUUUAAACAAGUUCGCGCAGCAUGAGAUUGACAAAUGGCUUGAAUUUGCCUUUUCUAGGAAAGUCCAAAAUCUAGAGUUAGACUUAAAUAAGGGUGGAGAGGACACUCGUGAUUUUGAUUACUGUUAUGCUUUUCCAGCGAGGCUCCUUGGUCUUGUUGAUCCUGCUGAUUCUUCUUCAUGCACACCUCAUUCUAAUAACCUCCAAAUACACUCACUUGUCAAGCAGAAUUUCAAGUCUCUAAAAAUGCUGCUACUGAAAUCCGUAAAUGUGACUGGGGAAGUUCUUGAGUUCUUUCUACACAAUUGUCCAUUUCUCGAAACAGUGGUAGUUCAUGGAUCAGGAACAUUGGUAAAUUUGGAAGUCGUUGGUCCGUCCCUCAAGUUGAGACACUUGGAGAUAUGGUACUGCUAUUAUGUUGAAUCGCUUAAAAUUUGUGAUACAAACCUUAUAACAUUAAGGACUACAUCAGGAGAAGGAUUACUACUUAAGAAUGUCCCGAUGCUGGUUGAAGUAGAAAUUUUGGGUACGUACACCCAUAUAUUGAAUGACAUAUCAUCUCGUCUUUCCUGCGUUAUCUCUCAGUUGGAGGUCCUUACAGUACAUGCUUCUCUUUCAUUGUUUGAUUUUUCGCAGGAAGAUUUGGAUCGUUACAAUUUUCCUGAACUUACGAAGCUCAAGAAAUUUGUUUUAACUACAUUCAGACCUGUAUGCAGCUGGAAAGAGCAGUCUCUCUUAGGUUGCACGUCUAUAAUAAGGGCUGCUCCACAGUUGGAGGAAUUUGAACUACAGUUGGAGGCACGUCCCUUCACGUCAAACAGAGAGUGUAAGAAGGCCAUAAAAUGCCCACUCCAUCACCUCAAAGUGGUCAAAUUAUGGGGGUUUUAUAACGGCACAUUUCAUCUUGAACUCGUUAGGUAUUUUUUGGAAAAUGCUGUUGCACUCGAGAAAAUCAUCAUCGAUCCUACGUGUCCACUUUUGACUCGCGUCCCCUUGGAUCUUGAGGAAAUCAAACAUCAGCAAACUGCAAGAAAUCUUGCUAAGCUCCAGCUUCAAUGUGAAGUGCCUCCAACUAUGGAGUUGGUGAUACUGUAAUUUUGUUUAUUAACAAUAAUAAUAAUGUUAUUUAGGGCCUUCCCAUAUUUGUGCUAGAGGAGAGAUUUGGGUUAGUAUUAUGAUUGUAUGUCCCACAAGGGGAUAAUGUACCU